AUGGUUGGCUUCUACAUGCAGUACCUGGAGAGUCUUUGCCGCCGGCGUGGAUGGCACGACCCCAGCUACGAGUGCUAUCGCGACAGCAGCGGCUACACUUGCCUGGUUCUGGUGAAUGGCCGUGAGUACCAGACGGACCUUGCAUACGAAUCCGGGAACCUGGCCCAGGAAAACGCAGCCAUGCGUGCUUUUAUGGUUUGCCGGAACUUUUCAGUCAAUGGCGGCAUGCUUGCCCGCAACGGGAUCGUCCAGGGGCUGCCUGCCGACGACAGCAGCGUUCGCAAGUCUCGGAAGAGCAGCCGGCACCAUCCGUCUACAAGCCACCGCAGGUCUGGACACCACUCUAGCAGCAGUUCGACUACCUCUUUGGAGUGAUUGCCAGAGGAGCCGCGUUUCCGCGUGGCGGGAGCAGGGUGGACGUUGGGAUUCGCUGAAUCGCCAUGUCUGCCUGCCCCCUUUUGGACCGAACCAUUGCCCAGCUUGUGGAACAGAUCCCGGGCGACCACUACCACCUGGACAUUGGACUGUUAUUCCCCCAAUUAAAAUCGGAGAAGGCUUCACAGCGAAACACAGUGAGCGAGACCCCGCAGAUGAUACCUGGAUGGUACUGUCCAGUUUUCAUACGGGAUCGUUGAAUUGGUCAGCGGCACAGCGGACUUGAUGGAAUUUUCCACCCAAAAAAAAACCAUUCUUGCAUUCUCACGAAAUGACGAAACGAUAUUUACGACGACAUAGACAAGCUCGAGCUUUAGCGACCUUUUUUUACCCCAUCCCGAGCCUGCCUGGUUCCGGCCUUGGCUUCCCUGAUCAUAUCCACGGUGCAUAUUUUGGAUUUCUGUUUUGAUGACUUUCGCUUCAUUUACAAAAGACACGGAGGCAGUUUUUUCUUCACACACUUUUCCAGCUGGGUAUGACAGAACCAGCCGGUUGGGUUUGUGGGAGAAGGUCUGAGCUAACCGGACACUUGGGGGCAACUCUGGGUGGCCGCAAACACCUCACUGGGCAGCAAACAUAUCGAGUUUUCUCGCCUCUGGAUGGACUAUUACUCUUGGACCAGGGACCUGGCUUACGAUUUGGCCUGGAGUUUUCUACUUUUUUUUUUUGUUGCACACUCGGUUUCCUUGUUCACACCCUGGGCUCAGCCUCUCUCUGUCAAUGCCGGAUUCCUAUUUCACACAAGGAGGAGGACAGAGGAUUUUGUUGAACGUCUAACCUGUUCACAACCAUUUCACUGGGCGCUUUUUUAGGCCGCAUGUUUUGGAGAGGGCCGUUGUUAUGUAGCGGAGGGGGGCAUUGGACGCUGUCGGAGUCGCGAGGAGUUUUUCAAAGACUGGAAAGAAAAAGGUGGAGGAAUUCACGUUCUGGCAUCAGCGGGAGGCACCAUUAAGGACCACCUUUUCUAUGCCCCCUUUUUGGAUGAUUGUGGUGGUGAUGAUGAUGAUGAUGGUGGUGGUGGUGGUUUAGUCUUUUCCUUUUUUUUCUUUUUACAUUUACGACAUGAUGAUGAAUAUGAUGACCCUUUUAACGACACCGCUUAUGACGACAAAAAGAGAUGGAUUGAUCAGAGAAAGCAGAGAGACAAUUUUGAUGACUUGAGAAGAAAGAUUUAUCACGGGAGAAAUGAAUACACGGAUUUGAGCACAUGGCUGACUCUCCUGAUUUUCUUUGCAUGUUUUCAGUAUGUGAUGGUGAUGAUGGUGAUGGUGAUGAUGGUGAUGAUGGUGAUGAUGGUGAUGAUGGUGAUGGUGAUGUGGCGAAUGCCAAAAUUUUAACCCCUUUCCAAUCCGACCGGUCCGGAACGGGGUCCGAGCCCGGCGCCGCGCAACAGUGUUACUAGCUGUAUAUACGCCGUGUCGGACCGGGACCGGAGCCGGCCGACGAAUGAGAAUACGGAGCACGCUAAGGGGGCUUUUUAUGUUGUUGGGACGGAAAGUCACGUUAUGUUGUUGGUUGCACAAGGUCACAAGGUCUUGGGGAGCAGCAGGUGACCUCGUGGUGAAGCUUAUGUCAAACAUGGGCUUUCGUUUUGUUUCAUAGGUACGCGACGAGGUCCCCCAACAAAAGGUGGCUGUGCAGAAUUGGGAUGUGCAUGAUUUGAGGGAUCUGGGAAGGUAUGAACCAGGUUUAUGGGUUUUUGAGGGAUAGGUGUUGAAGACGCCCAUAGUAGCGGAGUAUAUAACAUGUGGGAGAGCAAGGAGUAGCUAGAGGAGAGCAACACUCGGAGAGCAGACAGAGUCUCAUUGAUAGCUUCAGCUUGCUCUGAAGAAAAGAGCUCAACCCCCUUC